AUGGCAUCAACGGACAUAGUCUCCAUCAACAAGCUGGCGUUUCACGCUGUUGUAGGGCGCGAUCAGUGGGGACGAGAAGCAGCUCAACCUCUGAAUGUGUCACUGGAGUUCUAUCUGCAUCCUAGCACACUACUACUGGCCGCCGCCUCCGACGAUUCUCGCUUCAGCAUACGAACCUGGGAGAUAGUUGCGAUAGUCACCGGGAUCGUGCAAUCACAAGCGCCAUUUGUGUCCGGACGCGCACUCUCUAAAGCCUUGACUGCAACGGCCGUCAACAGCGCGGCGGGUGUGUGCCAGGAGAUCCAUUUGUCAGUUGAGCUUCCAAAGGCUGAGCUCUGUCUGCGCGCAGAGGGUAGCGUGAUUUGGAAGACCACUUCACGCUCAGGAGUCCAGGACAUCACGUUCUGCAUCUACGGGUUGAUAGUACCCGUCACAGUCGGUAUGACGCCGGAAGAGAGGGAUGUCAAGCAGAACAUCAGCUUUGAUUUCUUGUUCAACGAGAAGCCGAACCUGGCGGAGGAUGCCAAUGUGCCAUACACCUCGAUCGUCACGAAUGUUGUCACACAAAUUGAGGCAUCGGGAUUUCGGUCUCUCGAGAAACUCGUUCAUGAGUCCGUACGAUUCUCGGUCCAGAGUGACGAGAACAUACAGCAAGUGACUAUACGUGCCAAGAGAACGAAGGCGCACAUAUCCGCCGAGUCUGUCUGCGUGCAGCUCACCCGAGAUCGCUCUGCAUUCGAUUAG